ACUGACCGGCCUUGGUGCCGUGAAGAGUCCCGCUGCCGGCGGCCACAGCCCCGCUCAGCGCCGCACUAUAUAAGCGGCGUCCACUGGUGGAUCAGCAGCACACUCUCACACUCUCACCGUCCGUCUCACCAUGGCGGCUCGUCUGGUCGUAUUGGGUUUGCUGGUCGCUGGCUGCCAGUGCUGGAAGCUCCCGGUCGUCAACCAGGGACGCCGGGCCCAGUACUACACGCAGCAGAACGACGGCUCCUACAGCUACGGCUUCGACACCGCCGAGGGCCUCUACCAGGCCCAGGAGGGCGAUGACGUCAACGAGGUGCGCGGAAAGUUCGGCGCCGAUGGCGGCAGCGUCGAGUACACUGCCGGCGUCAACGGCUACGUGGUGACGUCUCUCAAGGAGCCUAGUGCUCCCUCCACCAGGACCUACGUGAGCAAGACCCCCGUCCGCUACGCCACCCUGGAGGAGCUGGCUACGCACCCCGAGCAGGUAGAGGACACCGCCGAGGUCAAGGCUGCCAAGGCCACCUUCAGGGCCACCUACGAUGCCCUGGCUGCGGCUGCUGAGGCUGCCCCUGAUGUGAACAUCAUCACUGGACCUGCCCCUGCUGCUCCCGUCCACUCUGUUACGUACAGCGCUCCUGCUCCUCAGCAGGUUUACCUGGCUCCGGCCCCCGUGGCCAUCAAGUACUCGGGACCCGCUGCGCCUCUGGAUGCCUCUGGAAAGGUUGAUGACACCGCUGAGGUCAAGGCCGCCAAGGCUAGCUUCAAGGCUGCCUACGACGCCGCUGCCGCUGCUGCCGCCGCUGCUCCCGAUGUCAACAUCAUCACUGGCGCUGUCCCCGUUGCCACCUACAGCGCCCCGGCCCCUGCUCCCGUGGCCAUCAAGUAUCAGGGUCCUGGUGCGCCCCUGGAUGCCUCCGGCAACGUUGACGACACCGCUGAGGUCAAGGCUGCCAAGGCCACCUUCAGGGCUACUUACGAUGCUCUAGCCGCUGCUGCCGAGGCUGCUCCUGAUGUGAACAUCAUCACUGGACCUGCCCCUGCUGCUCCCGUCCACUCUGUUUCCUACAGCGCUCCGGCGCCUCAUUCAGCCUACCUGGCCCCGGCCCCCGUAACGAUCAAGUACUCAGGACCUGCCGCGCCCCUGGAUGCCUCUGGCAACGUUGAUGACACCGCUGAGGUCAAGGCUGCUAAAGCAACCUUCAAAGCUACUUAUGAUGCUCUCGCCGCUGCUGCCGAGGCUGCUCCUGAUGUAAACAUCAUCACUGGCGCUGUCCCCGCUGCCACCUACAGCGCCCCGGCCCCUGCUCCCGUCCACUCUGUUACGUACAGCGCUCCUGCUCCUCACUCGACCUACCUGGCCCCGGCCCCCGUAGCGAUCAAGUACUCUGGACCCGCUGCGCCCAUGGAUGCCUCCGGUAAUGUCGAUGAUACCGCCGAGGUCAAGGCCGCCAAGGCUGCUUUCAGGGCUGCCUACGAUGCCGCCGCCGCUGCUGCUGCCGCUGCCCCCGAUAAUGACAUCAUCGUGAGUGGAGUCCCCUUCGUGGCCAGCGACAUUGCUACUUACAGCGCUCCGGUCCCUCAGUCUGCGUACCUCGCUCCGGCUCCCGUGGCUACCGGUUACUCAGGCCCCGCUGCACCCCUGGAUGCUUCUGGCAACGUUGAGGAUACGGCUGAAGUCAAAGCCGCCAAGGCCGCUUUCAGGGCUGCCUACGACGCUGCUGCCGCCGCCGCCGCUGCUGCCCCUGAUGAUGACAUCAUCACCAGCUCUGGACAGGUGACGUCGGCCGGUUACAGCGCCUCGUCCAUCCCCGUCGUCCACAGCACCUACAGCGCCAGCCAGGGAAACAUGCGCACGAUCACCUUCGACGGCAUCACCCUGAUGGUGGCCGAGCCCUAUGGGUCGAGCAAGUUUGGAUACUCCUAUGAAUAAACCAAGAAAGAAUCGAUACCAAAGCCCAACGUCCCAUGUCUCAUUAUAAGCUGUGAAUGUGCCAUCAUUGUUGAGCGCUAGUCCGGCUCCUAUUGCUCGUCUUCAUGUUCUUUUGUGUUCGUGCUGUCCAUUGUUGCCUUCAGCAUUAGAUGUUAUUCAAAGCCCUAAAGCAGCGACCUCUUUGGUGUGUUUGUGUCUGUGUGUACAUUUUUCUAUGUCGGACGCGCAUGUGACGCAUGUUCUUGAGGGCUGUGCUCAUGCACUUUUGUCUGCACGACAAGAAUAAAAUCAUUCUAUUAAUUACACAUCUCUUUUUAGCAUCAUACAUUGCCUCAUAUUUACAUUGCUCUACUGAAUUAGUGGUGUAGCAGAAAUGCCUGCUAUGAAAACUGGGAUUCGUUA